AUGGCUUCAAAGACCUACACUAUCCCAAAGGGCUCUCUGAUUCUUGUCACUGGCGCAAACAGCUACAUUGGCUCGCAUAUAGUCGAUUUCUUAUUAGAGCUGGGUUACAAUGUCCGCGGGACUGUGCGAGCCCCAAAACCGUGGCUCAACGAACUUUUUGAAAAGAAAUUCGGCAGCAAUCGGUUCGAAACUGUCAUUAUACCUGUGCUAGAAAAGGAGGGCGCCCUUGACAACACGAUGAGUGGGGUGUCAGGAAUAGUGCACGUCGCCAGUGACACGUCCCUGAAUCCUGACCCCAAUGAGGUCAUUCCAAACGUCACAAAAGGGGUUCGGAAUAUUCUCGAGGCUGCUUCGAAGCAGCCAUCUAUCAAACGGUUUGUCUUGACGUCUUCGUCUAGUGCAGCCUAUUUCCCAAAUCCAAGCCAGAAAGUCAUCAUCACUGAGGAGACUUGGAAUGAAGUAGCGCUUCAAGCAGCUUACAGUGCAGCCACGCCACCUGAACAAAAGCCUUUUAUAGUCUACGCAGCCUCUAAGUUAGAGAGUGAACGCGCAGCUUGGGAGUGGUUCAAGCAUAGCCAGCCGAAAUUCGAAAUGAAUACGGUUGUACCGUGCAUGAACAUUGGACAAAUCCUCUCCCCCGAAAUACCUGCGUCGACGAUGGGUAUAACUCGCAAGCUGCUUGAGAAUGACGAUACGGCUUUCAAGUUACUCCCUUCACAAUCGUUCGUGGAUGUGCGAGAUACGGCACGUCUUCAUGUAAUCGCUCUUCUUGACUUGGCGGUUACAUCCGAGCGAAUUUUUGCUUGCGGAGUUCCCUACAAAUGGGCUGAUGUAGUCGCCAUCUUUCGCAAAGCCCGCCCACAUAGACAGGUUCCUAACCCACCAAAAGAUGAUGCCGUUGACCUGAGUGUGGUAGAACCUGGCAAGAGGGCAGAGGAGCUACUGAAGAGUUUUUAUGGAAAGUCUGGAUGGACUAAGCUUGAAGACAGCCUUUUGGCUGCGAUAGUUGAUAUUGAGUAG